AUGCGAUUCUUGAGUGUGACGUCAGUGCAGUUUUGUGACUUUAAAAGUGUCCAGCAGACGGCAGAGUGCGCGGCAGUCAGCUCUGCACAUGUGCAGUGUCUGGUCACGUGUGUAAAAAUGGCGUUAAGAGGAGCCGCGGGAUCUGUGCUCAAGGCUCUCAGUGGCGCCCCCCGCUGGCCGCUCUUCCUCUCCCGUCCUCUCUCUGUGGACUCACCGCCUCGGGCUGAUGCCACCUUCAAAGUGACCAUGGUCCCAGGGGACGGGGUGGGACCCGAGCUGAUGACCGCGGUCAAGGAGGUCUUCAAGGCCGGGGAUAUCCCUGUGGAGUUUGAGGAAUUCCAUCUCAGUGAGGUGCAGAACAUGGCCUCAGAGGACAAACUGGACCAAGUGCUGACCUCCAUGAAGAGUAACCGUGUGGCCAUCAAAGGAAAAAUCCACACGCCUAUGGAGUUCAAAGGAGAGCUGGCGUCAUACGAGAUGCGUCUCAGGAGGAAGCUAGACCUGUUUGCGAACGUAGUGCACGUGAACAGUCUGCCCGGAUAUUCUACACGACACAACAACCUGGACCUGGUGAUCAUCCGGGAGCAGACAGAGGGAGAGUACAGCUCCCUGGAGCAUGAGUCGGUCAGUGGAGUGGUCGAGUGCCUGAAGAUCAUCACCAGAGAAAAGUCUCGACGCAUCGCAAAGUUCGCCUUCGACUACGCAACAAAAAAAGGACGCAGUAAAGUGACCGCUGUCCACAAGGCCAACAUCAUGAAGCUGGCUGAUGGUCUGUUCCUUCAGUGUUGUGCAGAAAUUGCACAGCUUUAUCCCAAAAUCAAAUAUGAAAACAUCAUCAUCGACAACUGCUGCAUGCAACUUGUGCAGAACCCGUACCAGUUCGAUGUGUUGGUGAUGCCUAACCUGUACGGCAACAUCAUUGAUAAUCUGGCUGCCGGUCUGGUGGGCGGAGCCGGCGUGGUGCCCGGUGAGAGCUACAGCGCUGAGUACGCCGUGUUUGAGACGGGGGCCAGACAUCCGUUCGCUCAGGCUGUCGGUCGGAACAUCGCCAACCCCACCGCCAUGUUACUGAGUGCUGCUAACAUGCUACGUCACCUCAAUCUGGAGUUUCAUUCUCAGAUGGUGACAGAUGCUGUGAGGAGGGUCAUCAAACAGGGGAAGGUUAAGACUCGUGAUCUGGGUGGUUACUCGACCACAGGAGACUUUGUGAGAGCGGUGUGCGAGAACCUGCGACAUCGUCCGGCCUACUGA